AUCUCAACGUUUUAUUAAAAAAAAUGACACACUUCAGCUUUAAGGGAAACAGGCAAAAUAAACGUGUCUUUCGUCAUACAUCACAUGAUACAGAAGGACCAAUGGUAGAACGGCUUCUCCCUGUACACGGAACUGAUUGCGGAUUUCUUAGCCCAUGGCAGACCAGAAUGGUCAAAUUGAUCUUGGCCCACCAAGGGACGCGGUGGCAGGUGUAGGCUUCCCAGCUCCUCCCCCACCCAUUUACGCCUGCACCCUGACUCCUGAACUAGUGGCCAAGGCACGGGAAGAGCUCCAGGAGAAGCCCGAAUGGAGGCUCCGGGAUGUCCAGGCAUUAAGAGAUAUGAUACUAAAAGACCACCCUAAUCUGAGGACACGGUUAGACGAUGCGUUCCUGCUGCGUUUCCUCAGGGCCAGAAAGUUUGAUUACGACCGGGCCCUUCAGCUACUCUUGAAUUAUCAUGGCAGCCGGAAAGCCUGGCCCGAGGUGUUUCAGGACCUGAAGCCCUCUACAGUAAAGCAUGUCCUAGAUCUAGGUUUUCUCACUGUCCUGCCCAGACCAGACCCUCAUGGACGCUACAUACUGUGUUUACGUCCAGGGAAAUGGAAGCCUAAUGAUUACCCAUUUGUAGACAACAUUCGGGCAAUUUAUUUGACAUUAGAGAAGCUGAUUCAGCCUGAGGAAACCCAAGUGAAUGGAAUUGUUAUCCUGGUGGAUUAUACCGGAGUUGGCCUCUCUCAAGCCUCUAAUCCAGGACCAAUUUUGGCAAAGAAAGUUGUCGGUAUCCUUCAGGAUGGCUUCCCAAUCAGAAUAAAGGCUGUAAACAUUGUAAAUGAGCCACGUAUCUUCAAGGGUAUUUUUGCAAUAAUUAAGCCAUUUCUGAAAGAGAAAAUGGCAGAGAGGUAUGUCCUUCACGGUUCAGACUUGGCCUCUCUCCAUCGAGUCAUUCCUCAGUCUGUGCUGCCUCAAGAGUAUGGAGGAGUGGCUGGAAGACUUGACAUGUCUGCCUGGUCCAGAACACUGCUUGGGGCUGAGGAAGAGUUUGUGGUGGAGUUCUGUCAGCCUGAUCCUCUGGAGGGCGUCGUUAUGCCAGACUCCAUGCUGUUUGAAGGAGAGCAAGCUGGCGCACAUGGAGAUGACUCCUUCAGACAUCUGCGUUCCCAGCUUUAUUAUUGUUACUGACCUCCUGGCAAUGUGCAAUGGCUUUUUCUGAAACAUUUGUUUAGCUAUGACCAACUAUGUAUUCACAGGUCACCGGAUGAAUCUGACCAUUUAAAAUAUCUAGUACAGACAGCCAUUUAGAUGCUGGAUAUAUUCUUAUUGCUUUGGCUUAAUCAGGUUACCAUCUGUUUUAAACACUUGAUUCAAAAUCAUUUACAGAAUACUCAUUGCCUUGGGUUUUAAUCUGUGUCUGUAUUUGUUACAAUGAGUAUUUAAAUGUAUAAAACAAUGCUCAGCACUAAAUCAUUCUUAUUUUAUGUCACAAAUCAAAUAUUGCUUGCCUUAAUUUACGGUGAAGGGAAAAUUGAUAUUUAGAAAGGUUAAUUAAAUAGAAGAUUUAGAUGGCACAUUGGAGAUGGUGGCUCAUGUCAGUUAUAUCCAAAGCAAUAACAAUGUGCAUUUUUAAAAUUAAAAGCCUCAACCCAAAAGAUUCUUUUAUCCUAUAGAGAAUUAAAUAAUGACCAUGUUUAUUUCCAAUUUGUGGACAGCUCUAAAAUAUAGUUUUCCUUGUUUAUGUCUUUUACUGUUCGUGAGUGUGCGUUACAUUUUUUGUACACACAAUACCAUUGUCAUUGUAAGUUAUGUAAUAAGAUUUAGAAUUGGUUAGACAUCAGAUAGUGGUACAUGUAAAGCAUAUUAAUCUGAGGUCAGUCACUUAUUUAUAACUCAACAACACAAUAUUUUUUAAAGUUAAGUGGCCAGUUCACAGUGUGUGUUUGUAUAUUGUCAUUUGCCAAAAUUGUUCAGAUGAAUAUUAACCUUUCAUGUUGUAUACACCUCGUAAACAUAACUGGUUUGUUUUAUUUUUAUUUUAAGUUUUAAGGGAUGUAAUUUAAUUUUUGUCUUACUGAUCACAUUUUUUGCCUUAUUUUUAUAUUUAAUGUCAGUAUUGUAGACGUAUCUUAUUAAUUAAAUAUUUUGUGAAACAGUCAAUAAAGAUGGACAUUUUGGGUUGGCUGAAGAA